ACCAAGCUAGUCUAUAUGGUAUAUAGUUGAUGGCUAGCAAUUUUUAAAACUACGAGGCAAAGUAGUAAUGGGGAUGUAGCCAUUGAUGAGCAGCACCGCUACAAGGUAGUAAUUAAUAAUGUCAAAGAUGAUUUUGAUAAUUAUUAUGUUUAUUUAACUUUAAUCGGACUAUCUGAUUACGACAGGAAGUAACGGGAGUUUAUGUGACUUUAAUAGGACUAUUGGUCUUUAAUUGUGUUUAUGUGACUUUAAUAGUUGAGUUUUUUUGUUCUGGGCCUAGUAUGCAAACGGGUUACCAAGGAAGAAAAAAGGGCCGAACCCAUCAGCCCAAUAUGGUGUUUAUAGUGACCAGAGGCCAAUCAAACCUUUGGUGCACCAGGCCCACAUAAACCCUUCUAACUAAAGAAUUAACAAAAGGGGAAAAAAAAAACUAAUUCAACUACGCGGAUCGCUGUUCCACACCGUUGGAUCAUCCUUCCAAUCAACGGUGGGAUUGGCUCCUUCAGUUUUGGCGUGAUUACAGACGAAUAAGUUUCUGUCUUCCCCUUCCCCUUCCCCUUCCCCUUCCCCAUUAGUCUGUUCGCCGCCGCGGAAAAAUUCGCAGUCUUCGUCCCAUUUUCUUCUUCUUCCGCGCCAUUCUCGCUCUGAAAUAAACCAUUUCUGUUAUCAAUGACGGAAAAUCGUUUUAACCCUAGAAUGCCCAGCGGAAACACUCGUGUACUACUGGCACUGAUCUAUGAUCCCUCAUUUCAGAUUAACGAAGAAGAAGAGGAAGCUGAUCCUACAGAUUCCUCCAUUGACGAAGAGGAAGAGGAAACCCUGAUCCUACAUGUAUUCGCUUCAGAUUGUCAGAGAAGAAGAGGUUAUUCUAGAAAUUCCCAACCCUCCUGCUCCCGAGAUUGAACUUGGUAAGUAGAACUCCAUUUACUCUGAUUUAUCUGAUUCUUCCAAGUCUAAAGAAGAGGUUCCUUUUCUUUCUUCCUUCUUCUCAUCCAGUCGACCACCACAAAAACCCUAAGUUUCUUUUUCCUUCUUUCUCCUUCCCAUACAGCGGAUUAUCAAGCAUGACUUGCACUUGAAGAUGAUUGCUUCCUACGACUACCACAGGGGCACAGUUGUUGUUGCUCAUGCCAAAGGCUUCACCCCAUGUAGAACUGAGAUUGUCAAUGCCUACUCCAAUAAUUUGCUUCCAAUCCAGAGACUCAGGGAUGCCACUUCUGGCUUGGAAUUUGAUCCCACGGGAGAAUUCUUGGCUUCAGUUAACCGAGUUGGUUGCCUGACGAUCCAAAGGUUUCAAACCCUUCGAUAUUACAGUGAUGACAUCGUGCCAAAGACAGGAGACAUAGGGUUUUCUGAAACUCUAUCCAAUAAGAUAGAUGUAUUUCAUGUUAACUCCGCACACGAAUUCGAGGCUAUUCGCUGGAACACUGUAAAGCAAAAUCAGGUCUUGAGACCGAACAGGGGUACAAGGAUCAGUGAUGUAGCUUUCAAUGGAUCCGAUGAUUCAAGAUUGUACGGUUCGGGAUUGAAUGGAAUAGUGAACGUUCGGGAUCCAAGAACGAGUUACUUACCGUGUUUGGAGCUCGUAACCCACGAGCUUGUUCAUGACAUCCUGUCACUGAAAAGUAUCCAGUUGCAUUUGGAUAGUCAGAAGGUCUUUGGGGGUGACCACUCUGGAAAUGUGUUUAUGUGGGACAUCCGCAACCCAUCCAUACCUACAGGAGUGUGGAACUUACAAGAUUUACUUGUUACUCUUGGAUACGUGGAGGAUGAUGACAUAUCACCUCUAGGAUGUCAAUCGAUCCUGAUAAACCCCAACCGAAAACGCCACAUUGCAUUCCAUCUUCAGUUGGGUUGGUCUGGCAUUUUGGACUUUGAAAGCUCCAAAAUCAGCCACCUGCACCACCACCCAUGUAAUUUUUGUUACCCCUCCUCUCUCUCUCUCUCUCUACAAACCCAAUAUUCAUGUGUUGGUGCAGGGCACUGCCUCAUCAUGAGAUCACAGUACUUCAAAAUGAGAUGUAUAUGAGGAAACCCUCGUGGUUGCUCGAUUAUUCUUUAAGAACUAAGCUUGAUGACACUUAUCAAUCAUGACUUUUCCCAAUCAUUUCUCAAUGCUAAAAUACUUAUCUUUUGAUUCUGCAGAUGUUUGUUGUAGGAAGAGCGUAUGGUACCGGUAUAGACAUUCUUGAUUUCUUUCCUGACUCAUCAUCCACUUUCUACGUGGAAGGACACCAUCAGAAUAGAUACAUUACCACGGCGGAGACCAUCACGGCCACUAUUACGCAUCCCCGCGAUGGUACACUGGUAGUAGCGACCCCUCUUUCAAGUUUGAUUCUCUUUUCCUAGGCCGGUGCUCCUAUUACCGAGCCUGAGGACUAGUCUGACUUUAAAAGCAACGUGAAUAGCUUUUGUGGAUAAUAAUACCAUUGACAUUUUGUUAAUAAUAGUUCGGUCAGUUC